GUGUGAAGGAGCGGGAAAAGCCGCUCGAGCCGGCCGUUCCUCUUCGCCACUUUGUCGCCCUUGUCUUCGGGCCGUCUCCUGGCUGACUGUGAUUCGGCUCGAGGCUGUGAUCCAUGGACCCCAGUGAAACGCCAGCUCUCCACCACUGUUCUGCUGACUCUUCCCCAGCCGAUGAGGCCAGAGUGCCCCAGAGUACAGAACUUAUUCCCAGGAGACCAGUCAGUCGCUCUCCCACCUGCGCCCGCUGUCGGAACCAUGGGGUCACAGCCCACCUCAAGGGCCACAAGCGCCUCUGCCUCUUCCAGGCUUGCGAGUGUCACAAAUGUGUCCUCAUCCUGGAACGUCGGAGGGUCAUGGCUGCCCAAGUGGCCUUGCGCAGGCAGCAGGAGGCACAGCUGAAAAGGCACCUGGCUCAGGGACUGAUGAAAGGGGCAGCCCCUCUGAAAGCCCCACUCCGUGUCAAGAAGGGAGGCAUUCGGCCAGGGGUCCCUUCUGGAAAGGAGAACAUAGCACCCCAGCCUCAGAAUCCCCAUGGAGCAGUCCCACUGGUACUGACACCCCCAGGGAAGGAGAACUAUGGGCCCCUGCUGCUCAGCCGCCCCCCAGAAGCUUUGCCUUUACCCUGGACUCCAGUGCCUCCUGGGCCUUGGGGCCCUGGACACUGGCUGCCCCCGGGCCUCUCAAUGCCACCUCCAGUGGUGUGCCGCUUGCUGUGCCAAGAACCUGCUGUCCCUCUACAUCCUUUCCCUGGCUUCGACCCUGGCACCUCUCUCCGGCUGCCCACUCACGGGGCCCUCCCGACCUGCCCAGGAUCUCGCUCAGUACUGACGGCUCCACUUUCCGGAGAGCCCCAAGGACCCCCUAACCUGCCUCACACGUGCUCAACUCUGAUACUCCAGUCCUGUGGCACCCCAGACUCUCUUCUACUACAACCGCAGGCCCCUGGAGCCUCCUGCCUGGCCUGGACAUCUGGCCCCUCGGAGCGGCAGCUGCAGCGGGAGGCAGCUGAGGCCCUUGUAGGUCUGAAAGAUUCUUCCCAGGCCCCACGCCUGACCCCAUCUGUCCCCCCUAACCCUGCCUGGAUCUCUCUGCUCCACCCCUGUGGCCCACCAGCUCCUCCUGGGGGAAGAGGAUUCCAGCCUGUUGGCCCACCUCUCCGGCCCAGUCCAGGUUCCUCUGUCUCUCUGCAUAUUGGGCGUCUGGGAUCCAUCUCUCUCCUCAGCUAGAAAGCAGAGGUGGAGGCUACCUCACUGGGACAAAGAGACGACAAACUGCAGGCACUACAUAUUUGGUAUUUUAUUUAUGAGUUUUGCAUGGGAUUCAAUGUAAUGCAAGCUUCAGCCUUCUUUUUUAAUAAGCUUUUAGGUUCCUUUUGUAGGGUGGGUAUUUCCUUGGCUGAAGGUGGAUAUUCUCAUAGCCCGUUUGAAUGCUAAGUCCCCCAUAAAGGCAGUUGGGCAGUUUAAGAUGAUCCAUACCUAAAUAUAUUUUUUCGUGAGUUUAUGCUCUCUUUAUGCCUGUGUUCUUAUGUCUGUCUCUGAAUGUGAAAAUACAAGAAUAUGUUCACUUUGUAUGUAGGUUUCUGUAAGCAAGAAAUAAACCUUUGCCAUUUAAGCCAUCAAGAGUUUAUCAUCAGCGUGACCUAGUCUAUCCUGGCUGACAGAAAGCACUGUCAUCUACUUAAGAAAGUCCACAAGGCCCGGCAUGGUGUCUCAU